CCCAGUCGGUUGAUUUCUGUUCAUAUAAUGCAUACAACUCUGGUUGUUGGUUGGGCCAGUUCAAUGGCUCUGUACGAAUUAGCGAUUUUUGAUCUUUUUGAUCUUGUUCUUGAUCCAAUGUGGAGACAAGGUAUGUUCAUUAUACCCUUCAUGACUCGUUUAGGAAUAACCAAUUCAUGGGGUGGUUGGAGUAUCACAGGGGGGACUAUAACGAAUCCAGGUAUUUGGAGUUACGAAGGUGUAGCGGGAGCACAUAUUGUGUUUUCUGGCUUAUGCUUUUUGGCUGCUAUCUGGCAUUGGGUGUAUUGGGAUCUAGAAAUAUUUUGUGAUGAACGUACAGGAAAACCCUCUUUGGAUUUGCCAAAGAUUUUUGGAAUUCAUUUAUUUCUCUCAGGGGUGGCUUGCUUUGGUUUUGGUGCAUUUCAUGUAAUAGGCUUGUAUGGUCCCGGAAUAUGGGUGUCCGAUCCUUAUGGACUAACGGGAAAAGCACAACCUGUAAAUCCAGCGUGGGGCGUGGAAGGUUUUGAUCCGUUUGUUCCAGAAGGAAUAGCCUCUCAUCAUAUUGCAGCAGGAACAUUGGGCAUAUUUGCGGGCCUAUUCCAUCUUAGCGUCUGUCCUCCACAACGUCUAUACAAAGGAUUGCAUAUGGGAAAUAUUGAAACCGUCCUUUCCAGUAGUAUCGUUGCUGUCUUUUUUGUAGCUUUUGUUGUUGCUGGAACUAUGUGGUAUGGUUCGACAACUACCCCGAUUGAAUUAUGUGGGCCCACUCAUUAUCAAUGGGAUUAGGGUUACUUCCAGCAAGAAAUAUAUUGAAGAGUUAGUGCUGGGCUAGCAGAAAAUCAAAGUUUAUCAGAAGCCUGGUCUAAAAUUCCUGAAAAAUUAGCUUUUUAUGAUUACAUCGACAAUAAUCCAGCAAAAGGAGGAUUAUUCAGAGCAGGUUCAAUGGAUAACGGGGAUGGAAUAGCGGUUGGAUGGUUAGGACACCCUAUCUUUAGAGAUAAGGAAGGGCGUGAACUUUUUGUACGUCGUAUGCCUACUUUUUUUGAAACAUUUUCGAUCGUUUUGGUAGACGGCGAUGGAAUUGUUAGAGCCGAUAUUCCUUUUAGAAGGGCAGAAUCGAAGUAUAGUGUUGAACAAGUAGGUGUAACUGUUGAGUUCUACGGCGGUGAACUCAACGGCGUCAGUUAUAGUGUAUACGCAAACUAG